CAGUUAAGGCAAAUCUCUGAAUCUAGACAGAGCUGGAUUUUUAGCAGCAUCCGGUGGUACAUACUGAGAGGCUAUACGCUCACAAGUCUUGCUUCCCAUUCAGAGAGAACAACGUGCACCCUUUAUCAGGUUACAAUAUUUCCGGUUACCAUGGAUGUUUUCAUUCGCCUUAUGGCUCUAGCUCUAGCACUGAUAUGUGCACCACAAGGACUAUGCCAAUAUGAAGCUUAUGACUACGACACAGAUUAUGAACCUGAUCCUUAUCAGCCACUCAUUCCUUUCCAUCACGUCAUAGAUUAUAAUGUUCCUAAUGUACAUCACGGAACAGACUGCGCAAGAGAAUGCUAUUGCCCACCGUCAUCGAUAGCCACCAUGUAUUGUGAUAAUAGGAAGCUCAAGGCUAUUCCUCAAAUCCCAUCUCGCAUUCAACAGCUCUACCUACAGCGCAAUGACAUUGAAUCUGUGACUAUAAAGUCUUUCAUUAAUGCCACUUCUCUGAGGGAAAUUGACCUUAGCCACAACAAACUGAAAUCAAACAAAAUUGAUGCCGGCGUGUUUGCCACCUCUCGUCAUCUACAUCAAAUAUACCUUAACAAUAAUGACUUAGAGGAGAUUCCUUCACCUAUCUCUACUUCGGUUGAAAGGAUCUUUCUGGGUCACAACAAAAUCAAUAAAGUAAGAGAACAAGAUCUUCAGGGCUUGGUAAAUGUUACCAUGCUUGACCUCUGUAACAAUCGUAUUGAUAACAUCAAAGGAAAAACACUGAGCAAAAUGACAAGGUUGAUGCAACUCAAUAUCUGUAACAACAAGCUGUAUUCAAUGCCUGCAAGCCUUCCAACAUCACUCAUGUAUCUGUCACUGGAGAACAAUUCCAUUUCCAAGAUCCCAGAUGACUAUUUUGGAAAGCUUCCAAAUCUGGUUGCUAUUCGGAUGUCCCAUAACAAAAUUGAUGAAGUUCCUUUGUAUAUGUUCAACCUUCCCAGCCUCAUGGAAUUAGACCUGGCUCAUAACAAACUUAAGCGCAUUUUCUAUGUUUCUCGAUCACUAGAGCACCUGUAUCUACAGGACAAUGAAUUUGAAACGAUAAACAUAACUCUUAUGUGUCCAGUAAUGGACCAAUCACAUCGACUAACCUACCUGCGUGUGGAUGGGAAUCGACUGAAAGGACCUAUUAGCACAUUAGCCUUCCUAUGCUUUCCUCACAUACAAAGUAUUUAUUAUGGUGAACAGAAGCGUAGCGCCGGUGACGGUCAGGUACACCUAAUCCCUCCAUACCCACUACCAGAGGACGCAAGGUAUGAUGAUGAUGAUGAUGAUGAUGAUUUUCCACAGUACCAUAGAGAGGAGCAUGGACCGAUAGUGGAAGAUGUAGAAGAUGAAGAUGAAAAUGACUUUCAUGAGUACUACUAAAUAGUUUAAAUGGUUUGGAUUCUGACUGGUCCACACAUUUCAUAUAAAAGUUAUUAUUUCCUAAUGAUUUAAUGUGUUAACAAGCUGUAAUUUCAACUUUUGUUUUGUGUAAGAAAAAUAGCUGCUUUAAAUUUUUUAUAGUUUCAGGAGCUAAGUGCUCAUGUAUUUACAUUUAUUACAAAGUAGGAAAAACUGUUAUUUGAAUACAACAACCUGCUUGGCAAACAAGGGCAAAAAGUUAUUUUAUAGGUAUGGAAACAAAAUUGUUAGCAAGAGUAACAAAAUCACUACCUUAAUUUUCAUAUAUUAAAGGGGUACU